AUGGAUGAAGUUCGACGUGUCGUGAGCCUUACUCCGCUUAUUAUCAGCUUUUUGGGAUCGAUGACAUGUUUUUAUGCAACCUUUUUCAUCGACAAAAAUGUGGAGCUUACCGCUGAUUCGAAUUGCUCUUUGAGAAAGCAAGUCAUUCUAAAACUUGUAGUUUUAGCCGAAUUGCACGGAAACCUACUACUGAUUUUUUCUGCUAUGUCUGUAUUAUGUUCUUGCACUCUCAUUGCUUACUAUGGCCUAUGGUGGAGGCGAAUCGUGGCUCGUAACUUUUGGAAGUGCUACAACAUUGGGUCCGUCAUCUGUUUGAUUCUAUACGUCAAAACGGCCUAUCUACUUUUAUCGUAUGACGGGGGAUCUCUCACAGAGUAUACUAUUCUAUCAGAAUGCCCCGACAUCUCAAGAAGGCUCAAAAUAAACUUGGUUUUGUUCGGUUUGACAAAAAUCAUUCUACUCGGAAGCGUGCUGUGUGAUUAUCCUUUACAAAGAGGAUACUUUCUUUUCUGGCAACUUGCUGAAAUCGAAGGAAUAGGGAUUGCCGAAAUGCGACUUGCUCAAGAUGAUGAUGACGAUAGCGAUGUUGAAGAAUAUGAGCCAGUCGAUGAUUAUUGA